UAAUCAGUUGGCGCGUUUUCACUUGAAUUGACAUUAACCAAAGCGGGUUUUUCUUCAAGUUUUAUUUUUUUCGUAAAUAAAAAUUAAAAACAAAUUAAAUUUCUUAUUUAAUUCAUAUGAAAACAAUUGAGUCCAAUAGUGCCAAAAAGGCAAAUAUGCGAAGUGCUCGAAAAUCUGGUAAAAUUGCGACAACUCCAACAACCGAGAAACAAAAAAAUGAAAAAGAUUCAAGCACCGGAAAGAAACUCGUACAGGCUCGCCUACCAUUCAAAAUAAUUGCUGGGAGUCUCCCAAUAAAGCCACCCGAUGAUGCUGGUGCAUCAUCUGGUGAUGUAAAAGAAGUUCCCUCUAAAAAGCGUAAACUAUCAUUCACCGAAGAACCUGACAAUCAAAAAAAAAUUGGUAAGUCUGAUAUUAAAGAGAAUCUAACAACCACUGACAAAAUAGAUGCUGAUUCUUCAACGGUCGAUGUGAUUGUCCUUGAUGAUGAUCUCUCCGAAGAAGAAGAAACUAUUCCAAGUGAUUCAAAAUCACCAAAAACACCAGUUGCCUCUGGGACGAUAUCCCAAAAAAAGAAAAACAAAUCGACACCAAGUACUGCCGCCAGUGGGAGUGGAACUUCUACUACACCGAAGUUACAAAUUAAACUGCCAUUAAGCGGGAAAAAGAAGAGAAAAUCCAAGCGUGCCUCUCAAUCAAAUGCUAAGGUUGAAUUGAGUGAUGCAAGCGAUGUAGAGCUUGUGUCUGAUGACCAAGAAAAUCCCCAGAAGAAACUAAAACUCGAAGAAGUCCAAAAUGAUGUUGGUAAAAAACAAACAAUCGCUUCAAGUGAAUCUGUUGCUGACGAGUCCAUUGAUGUUGAAGAAGAACACAUUAAACUUUCUUCUUCUUCAAAAUCUCCAAUAAAAGCAAAUAAAAAUGAAGAACUUAGUAAUAAGCCAACUGAACCUGAACCGGAAACUCCCAAAACUGCCAAUUUGAAGAAGAGCCCAUCGCCAUCCAAAACCAUUAUCAAACAGGCUAAAAAAUCACCAAAACAGCCUAAAAGGACAUUAAAAUCUAAAACCCCAGAAACAAUAAAACUAUCGCCAGAAAAGACGGAAGCCAUUAAAGAAGUAUCAGCAACCUCACCCGAGGAAAAGCCUUCAAAAGCAACAAGUUCAAAAAAAGAGGAUUCAGAUACUCUUAAUGAAAAGUCUCCCAAAGAUAUUCCCUUAAAGGACGGAGACAAAAAAAGUCCAACAAAAGAAACAAGAUCCACGCGAAGAUCUAUCAGAAUAACUGAUUCUGAAAAGAAUAAAAAAGAAACUGAAGAGGUCGUUUCGUCCGAACCAGAGAUUGUGUCGGAGAGUGCCGCUGAUACUUCACUCAACAAGGCUAUUCAACAAAACAAAUUACUGACUCCCAAGCAACAAAAGUUGAUGGAGCAACGUAGAAAAGCUCGCGAAGAAAAAGAACUAAAAUUACAGCAGCAGAAGGAAGAAAGAGAACGAAAGUUACAGGAACAGCGUGAAGAGCGGGAACGUAAAUUGCAAGAAGAAAAAUUGCAAAAACAAAAAGAACGCGAAGAGCGUGAAUUGUUGCGUAAGAAGGAGCGUGAGGAAAAGGAGGAGCAAAAACGACGUGAACGUGAAGAGAAAGAAGAUCAACGACGCAAAGAAAAGGAAGAUAAAGAGCGAAAACGCUUGGCCGAGGUUGAAGCCAAAAAUGAAGAAAAACGUAAGAAAGAUGAAGCUAAAGAAGAAGAGCGUCGCAAAAAGGACGAGGAUCGUCGUCGUAAGGAAAUUGAAAAGGAAGAAGAAGAAAAUAAGAAGAAAAAAGCUGCACAAGCAUUCACCAAGUUCUUCGUUCCGAAACCUGCGAAGCCAAUAACCGAUGAAGAUCAAGAGUCUCGAGAGGAUGCCGAAAGUGUUGAUUCGUUAGCCUUUCGCCCGUUUCAGGUAAAGGGAGCUAUGAGACUGGCACCAUUAGUGCGAAGAGAAUUUAAUGAUAACUCACGAGAAAAGCUGGAUUCUUUUCUUAAAAGUACACAAACAGAUAAAUCUGCUUUAUACAUUGGAGAACUAAAGAGUAAAGCACAUACACCUUUGAGAGGUUUUAAAACAGUUCUAAAGAAUAAUUUUGAGGACGAUGAGGAUGAUGUUAUAAUUAUAGCUAGUGAACUUGAAAAUGCUGCUCAGACAAUUGAUGAGCCUCGGACUAUGCCAAUACAAACAUAUAGGGCUAAAUAUUAUUAUUUCCGUGAAAAUCGGCGCCCACCUUUCUAUGGCACAUGGAGAAAAAAAAGCACUGUGAUUACAUCAAGGAGGCCUUUCGCUACAGAUAAGGCAUUCUUUGAUUAUGAAGUAGAUUCAGAUGAUGAAUGGGAAGAAGAAGAGCCCGGAGAGUCGUUGAAUGGAAGUGAAGAUGAAAAGGACGAAUCAGAGGACGAGGACUAUGAAGUUGACAAUGAAUGGUUUGUUCCACAUGGCCAUUUAAGUGACGAAGAAAUGCAAAACGAAGACGAGCUUGGACCCGAUACAUCUCGUGAAGCUCAAAAGGCUAAACUAAAAGCUCUCCAACAAGAAUUCGCCCAAGAAAUGAAAAAGAAAACAGAAAAAAUUAAACCAAGAUUAAUUGGUGCAAUUUGGGAAGACGAAAAUGGCAAUCGUCCCAAACUUUGUCCAACUAUCAUUUGGGAUAGUCUCUGUACCCGUGCAAUGAUUUUCUGCGAGCCACCUAUAAUGGAAGCGCCUGAAGUCCCUGAACCAGAGCCGAGUACACCUCCACCAGAGAAACUAAAGCGAAUCAAAAUAAAAGAUGACCUAAUGAAGGAUUUGGUGCGUCUUGUUCAUGGAAAUCGACACUCGAGAGUGUUUCUUAUUAAAGAGUAUUUAGAGCAUGUGUCAAAUACAUGUGAAACAAUUAAGAAUGGUGAAUGUUUGCCACCAACCAAAUCUCAGGUAAAAGAAAAAAUCGAUGAAAUCUCCGAGUGGUCUGUGGUGGACGCCGUUAAUAAGAAAAAUAAAAAUAAAAAGAAACUAUGCUGGGUCGUUUCGGCUGAUAUUUUGGAUAAACAUGGCCUUGAAAAGUUGGGUUUGCGUAAUGAAUGGUCAUAUAAACUUCAACCUAAGUUCGAUAAAGAUAAAAACGAUCAAAAUGAAGUAAACGAGACUGAGGAUGAAAUCCCAAAAUCAGAGAGUUCCGAACAAACUAAAACAGAUAAAACUGAAAAGAAAAAUUCCAAACCUCCAGGUAUAGCUAAAUUUACUAAAGUCAUAACAAAAGAAGAAAAGAAAAAGCAACUUACAGAUCAAAAAUGUGCUUCUCCAAAAGCAACAACAAAAAGUUCUCCUAAAACAUCAAAGACCUUACCGUCUCCAAAAGUGAAAGAGGUACAAACCUCUACAACUCCUACUUUUAAAAAACCUGCACCACCUGCCACGGCGACAGCUCCCAAUAAAACUCCAGUAGUUAAAAAAAGAGUAGCUCUGCUUAUGUCUGUUCCGCCAGGACAACAGUUCUCUGCACAGUCGAAGAAUGCAUUGAUAAGCAAGUUUCUGCAAAAGAAUAAAACAGCGCCUGUGGCAAAGUUAAUAGAAGCAGACGAAUCAUCAAAAGUGCCUGUUCAUUCCGUUACAAAAAUGGACGUUGAUGAAGUUGUUGUACUCGAUUAAAUGAUAUAGUUAUUUAUAAUGUAAUUGAUUGUUAAACUGUAUUUAGUUUUUUUUUCGCGUUCGGAUUUUUCUCGCCGUUAGUUAUUAAUUUAUAUUAUCUAUAUGUAAUCUAUAUAAAUAGGGUGUAUUUUUACUACUUAAAAUGAUAUAAAUAUAACAUUUGAUUUAUACACAU